ACAGAGGAGGAAGUGAGUGAGUAAGGAGAAAUAUGUGACAUAGUGGAGCGAAGGACUACAGCUGCUGCUAAAGCUGCACUUCUCAGCGCACCAGGACAGCAGCCCUCAGACAACUCGGAGACUGAUCUGUGAUAACAUUUAAGAAGGAAGCCUGCUGUUUGUCAGCUCACCUCACACAGGCGGAGAAGUUAUUGGAAAUUCAGACUGCGACUGAACACAGAAAAAACAAGCUGUUGAUUGAUUCUGCUGUGUGUGUUAUAACGACUCCUCCAAUGUUGUAGGUGCUGGAGUUCUCAGUAGACCGGGCCGAGGUCACGGCAGGAGAACACCAUGUCCGACAGCCAGUCAGACAGCUGUGUGGGCGACCAUGUCCCUCUAAUUCUGGAGAGCCAGUUCUCCACAGAACUACAUAUAUAUGAGCCAGGUGAUGAGUGCUGCCAGCCACAAUGCCCCUCCACACCCCAGUCUGAAACAACCACACCCAAGGAAGAUGUAGUAGACACGCUUGUGGUACCUCAGCAGGUGGUUUUGAGCACCCAGAGUCCUGCAGCGCUGAAGGUCGGCACCCAGCAGCUCAUCCCCAAGAAUUUAGCCAUGACUAGCCGGCCUAAAAACCGCCACCACACCACCGUGGUGACGUUCCCAAUAGGACUGGAACACUCCAGCAGUGGGACCAGGAGCCGACACUCGACCCAGGGGCCAGAUGUGUCCUGGGAGGAUUAUGACAGUGAUGGAGGUGGUUUUGCUUUGAGGAGGAACCGCAGGAACAAGUCAUACAGAGCAGCUGUGACCAGCCUGGAUAUUGAAGCCAUGGCGGCAGGACGAGGGGGUACGACCACACUGAAACCUGUCAGAGAGAACAGAGCACCCAGUCCUAGUCCAGCUCGCAGCCCGGGACGCAAGCGAACCCUGGGGAGAAAGAGGAAACAAAACCAUCGUGGAUCCUUCAAAGACGCUACUCCGCGCCUCUACCAGGAGAUCCGUGAGCGAGGCCUACACUCCACCAACCAGGACGAGCUGCUGGAUGACUUUGUGGUGGUGGAGCCUCCUGUGGAGGACCAGAGUAUCGUGGUGAAGAGCUACCGGCCAGCGCAGCUCACCUGGAGCCAGCUGCCACAGGUUAAGGACACAGGUAUCCUGACACUGAUUACACCGCAGGAGAGAAAGAGACAAGAGGCAAUUUUUGAGAUAAUCACCUCAGAGCAUUCGUACCUGCACAGCCUGGGUAUCCUGGUGCGUCAUUUCAAGAACAGCGAAGCAUUGAGGAAAACUAUGACGACCACAGAGCACCAUCACCUCUUCUCCAACAUCUCCGUCAUCCACCAAGUCAGCCAACGGUUUUUUGAGGACCUUGAACGGCGUCACUAUGACAACCCAGUGAUUCGGGACAUCAGCGAUAUUGUUCAGAACCACGCUGCCCACCACUUUGAGCCCUACAUUGUCUACUGCUCCAACGAGACCUUCCAGCAGAGGACACUGCAGAGGCUGCUGACCAGCAACAGUGCGUUCAAAGAGACCCUGAAGCAAAUUGAAACGAGCAGUGAAUGCGGAGGCCUCCCCAUGCUCUCUUUCCUCAUCCUUCCCAUGCAGCGAGUAACCAGACUGCCACUGCUGCUGGAUACAAUUUGCCAAAAAACUCCAGACAGGACAGCGGAGUACUUUGCUGCUGUUUGGGCACUGCACGCCAUCAGCAAGUUGGUCACGAGCUGCAAUGAUGGAGCGAGGCGGAUGGAGAGGACAGAGCAGAUGUACACCAUCCAGAAACAAAUGGAUUUUGGUAAAAUCAAGCCAUUUCCUCUGGUGUCGUCAUCGCGGUGGCUGAAAAAGCGCGGCGAGCUGGCCAUCUGCACCGAGGAGCUCAGCAUCUGGAGGGCUUUCAGCAACAGGAGCUACUACCUGUUUCUCUUCAAUGAUGUACUGAUCGUUACCAAGAAGAAGAGUGAGGAGAGCUUCGUGGUGAUGGACUAUGCCACUCUGGAGAAUGUGGAGGUGGAGGUCGUAGAGGAGGCUGAGGGACGAACAUCUUCACCUGCCAAGGGCAGCUCCAGCCACCAUCUUUCCUUUAAACUGCAGAUGAGCAAAAACAGCGAGGGGAGAUCAGAGCACAUCUCCCUGGUGGCCGAGAACAGGGUGGACCAGGCACGUUGGAUAGUUGCUCUUACAGAGCACAAGCAGGCAGGUGUCUUCACUUGUAAAGAUGGUCUGCCACAGUAUGAGGCCACUAAAGCCUACAUGCCAAAGGAGCCAGAUGAGCUGGGGCUGCAACAGGCUGAGCUUGUCAUCGUCUUACGGAAAGAGGAAGCCUGGUGCUAUGGGGAGAGAAUGCGAGACGGAGAGAAAGGCUGGUUUCCUGCUAGCUGUGCCACAGAGAUCACCAACCCCACUGCCAUGGAGAACAACGUGCAACGCAUGAAGCGCCUGCGCAAAGAAACCAAUGUCUGAGUGACUCUCAGUGGCCAUACUAUCAUAUCAGGAUGCACAGGGGGUGGACAAAAUAACAGAAACACCUUCCAGUAGAUUUUUGAUGCUCAGUGUGUUUAGUUUUUGUUGAGACGGCAUCACUGAUGAAUUGAACUGGACCAUUAAAACUAUGAAUUACUCUUAACAGUGGUCCAGAAGUCCAUUACCAACAGACUGAAAGCACAUUUUAAAGCAUUUAAAAAGCCCAUUAAUGCUGUCCUGGUGCCCUGUGGUAUAACAUGUAUGCGGCUGUACAUUUGGGUCUUUGUUUGAAUCUAGCCAGUGUCCAUGUUUCAUGUUUCAUGUUGCUCUCUACUGUCAGACUAUCCAAACCAUUUGUUUUAAAACACAGCCAUCAGGCUAAAUGAGAAGUUAAAUUUCAACAAAGAAGAGAAAAAACAAUCCAUCCAAUCCAAAUGUAUAUUGAGGUGUUUUAGUCCACUCUCUAUACUGUAUGUGGAGCCAAUAAAUCAGACUUUUGCAGUAGCAGGAUUUAUUGGCCAACUUGUACAGGACUACUCUGUUAUUACCUUGUUGGUGUGAAUGUAGAUUUGAACUUAAUGGCUGUAGUAAAUAAUGAACCUCAGGUUUUAUUUCAAGUCUAGGAACUACAAAAUAUAAUUUUAUUGUCUACAUAUAGAAUGAGAAAUUGCAUGCAAAAAAUGAUUUAAGACUACAGUAUUUGCUACACGAUGCGUUCAGGAGUCUUGUCACCUGACCUCAACAUGAGGAACCUGAUCUAUGUAGUGGUAAAUACUGGUUACAUUUCUUAGUAUCACUUUAUUUUAGUGUUGAUUAAAGAUGUUGUCUAGGGUUUCUUUGUUACCAAGGUUUUGGUAAACACUUACAAUUUUAAAAUAUAGUUUUUGGUAUAGCCUUUGUGCCAUUGUUUCAUCUGAUUAACAUUUGCUAGACCAUAUAAGGUUGUAUUUGUCUAAAAAUAUGAAAUGAAAAAUACACUCCAACUUAACUGUCUACUGCCUGUAACUGAAAGAAAAAUGAUGUGGUUUGUGCCAUUGUUUAGAGCCUGUGUACUUGAAAAUUAAAAUAAAACCACCAUGAGACAUUUUUCCUGGUUUCUGGACUUUUAUUUGAGCUUGCAUUUUGUUAAAAUGUUUGAAUACAUAAAAAGUUAUUUAAAAAUGUCAAACUGACCAGAUAUCAAAUUCCAUUUUUUCUUUAAAAACCAUUUGGUGUAAAAACUUAGGACAGAUUUAGAAAAACAUUUGCAGUUUCCCCAAAACUUUUUGUAGCUGUCACAUAAAAAUAAUGGAAAAAAAACAA